AAUGCGCAGGCGCAGUCGUUCAACGCUUCCGCCGCUGCUGACGCCACUCGGGUACAAAAACGAGUGAGAUUGUCGCUGUAGUGAACGUCGCCUCUCUCUGGAUGGGGUUUAGUGCGGCGGCGACGACAGUUUCCGACCUUAGGAAACAGGCCGACGAGCAAAGCUGAGCGUCGAUCAACGAGCCUGCCUCUCCUGUAUGUGAUCGCCCUUGCUGGGCUUCGGGCACCGCUCGACAGGGCCGAGGAAUAACACCGAUUAUCGCCAUUAUAUGAUCCAGUACCCAGAGUCGCUGCUACCCUCCAUGUGGGUGAGGGAACUGUGUGUGUCUGACUAUGGCGAGAACAGUUAGCAGGAAAAGGAAGGCCGGAGAGCUCAAGGACCAACAACAGGCAUCACACAAGCGGUGCCGUGUGUCUUGUUCAUCACGCCAUGCCCAGUGUUGGUCCAGCCGGCUCUCUGUGGUGCAUGCCCUCCGAGGCCGCGAGUUCAGACCUCAGCAGCAACAUGAAUCCAAGUUGCAGCAGCACAUGCGAGGCUUCGCCGCUGGCAGGCUUCCCAGCAUACUCAAGGAGAGGGAGUUCUCCCUCGGCCGACUCAAUAAGGUCUUUGCUUCGCAGUGGCUCAACCAUCAACAGGUCGUCUGUGGGACGAAGUGUAACACGCUGUUUGUAGCAGAUGUCCUCACCGGGCAGAUUACCAGAAUUCCCAUGCUGAAGGACAGGGAGUGUAACGGGGAAGGUGCUCCGCUGGACAGUUCAGUGGGAGGAGACCAGAAUUUACUCCACAGAGCUAGUUCUCGCUCUCGAAUUGACCAUCAAGGCUGCGGCAUCCACGCCAUCGAACUCAACCCCUCCAAGUCUCUGCUCGCCACAGGGGGAGAUAAUCCCAACAGUCUUGCUGUCUAUCAACUGCCCACACUGGACCCUGUGUGUGUUGGAGAUGACGGCCACAACGACUGGAUCUUCUCCAUAGCUUGGAUCAGUGACAGCAUGGCAGUGUCUGGCUCUCGAGAUGGAUCCAUGGGUCUGUGGGAGGUGACAGAUGAUGUGUUGAGUCAAGCACAGCGCAGUCGAAAUGAAGAGUCAGUGCCUGCGUAUGCCCACAUAUCUCACCGCGCACUCAAAGACAUCCCAAAGGAAUAUACCAACCCUUACAACUGCAAAGUUCGUGCUCUGGCCUUCAACAACAACCACAAAGAGCUGGGAGCUGUGUCCUUGGAUGGCUAUUUCCACCUCUGGAAAGCUGAGCACAACUUGUGCAAGCUACUGUCGACCAAGUUGCCUCAUUGCAAAGAGAACGUGUGUCUGGCGUACGGACAAGAGUGGUCUGUGUAUGCUGUCGGUUCUCAGGCCCACGUCUCCUUUCUGGAUCCCCGGCAGCCAGCACACAACAUCAAGUCUGUCAGCUCCAGAGAGAGAGGAAGUGGGAUCCGUUCUGUCAGCUUCUACGAACAUAUUGUGACAGUAGGAACGGGUCAGGGGUCACUUCUGUUCUACGAUAUCCGAGCCCAGAGAUUCUUGGAGGACCCAUUCCAUCCAACAGUGGGGUACCGGAAGUACCCAGGAGACGGCACUCUGAAGUUCACCACGGGGAGAGGCUGGCUGAACCAUGAUGAAACCUGGAGGAGUUACUUCUCAGACAUCCAGACGUUCCCUAACGCGGUCUACACACACUGCUACGACGAGUCCGGCACCAAGCUCUUCGUAGCGGGGGGACCGUUGUGUUCUGGCCUGCACGGGAACUACGCGGGGCUGUGGAGCUAGCUUCUCGCACGUCUCCUUCCUCCACCGUUACGAUCGCUCCUCUAUUUUAACCAGUUCCUCUCAAGUCCACUCACACUAUUGUCCUCCUUGCUCACUGCAUUACUGCUGUUGUGUGCUGCCCCUACAUGGACUCAGGAGCUUGACUGUUUCACUGCCUCGAUUCUCUCCAUCUCUCUUUCUGUUGUGUCCACCUUGGACUUUACAAAUAUUAGUUUGCGCCACUGAUGUGAACUUUGAGUUUAAAGGGCUGCAAAGUCUGCCACUAAAAAGUCAGAGAUUUUAAGAAAAAAAGUCAUUUCACACGAUUUUAUUGCUCACGAUUUAAAUAUUCAUUUGUUGUGUAUUUAAGGGAACUAUUUCUCUGCGCUCCGUCCGUGUCACAGACCGUCUCUAGAACAAUUUGGAAGGACUUGUACAGCUGUUUGACUUUUGGAUAUUUCCUGACAUUUAUGCCAUCAGUCUGUCUGGCCCCACUUGGAGCUAAAAGAAAAUAUAUUUUUCCAUGAAGAGUAAAAUGAAGAAUUCAAUCAAAUCCAACUGAGACGAUGUAAAGAAAUUGCUAAAUGCAGUGUUUGCUUUAAAAUAAUCCUUAAUAUCAAGCAUACUGCUGCUUAUAUUCUAUUUUUUUCUGUAUUUAUUUGGCCUGCUCUUUGGGUGAUUUUUUUAAUAUAUAUGGAUUUGUUUUUGUUUUUUUUCCAAGGGUGUCUUGUUUUUCACUUCAUACAUUCACUGCAUCUUAAUUCUUUGUCACUAAGCGAUCGCUUUCAUUUGGGCUGCGGUUUAUUAAAUACGUUGUCAGCAUACUUCGAGGGAUAAGUAAAUUGAUUUCCACGCGACAGUGCACCUCAUCGUCCAAAGGCCUCCACCUUCUCGACUGUCCACGAGGAAGGACAUAGAACAUUUUAGCACCUGCGGUUUGAUACUGUGGGAACAUAGUUUUAAGAUGUUGCUUUUCCUCUGAGUAUCAAGGAGUGAGAUCUGCUGCUCCUUGUUUUAUGGAGGCACAGUUGGUGCCAGCUGUUUUUUUUUUGUUUUUUGUUUUGUUUUGUUUUUUGGCGUCGUCUGUCUUUCUGUGAAAGACAGUUGUGAGCGAUCAUGGAUUUUCCUUUUCUACAUGGAAUUUUUCUCCAGUUUUCAUGGUGACUGAUCCUAAAAAAAAAAAAAAAUGAAAACUGGGAAUUGAAAAACUAAACCAACACUUUCAAAGUGUGUUUUCUAUAUUCAUAUGUGUGUGUAUAUAUGUAUGUGUAACAUUCAUAGGGACAGUUACAUACAUUUUUUAUGUACAUGUCUGAGGAAGUGACGUCAACUCAGUGAUGUGGUUUUUUUUAUACACACACCUCAUGAAUGUUUUUACAAACGACUGAAUCCGAUGUUAAUGUAAGAUCUAACAUAAGAUCUGAAAACAAGCUAUUAAAUCUUUAAAGAGUAAAAAAUAAAGACAAAAUGUAUAUUCAAGUCUUUUGUUUUCAGGCUGCGUCAUUGCAAAGUGACCACCGGUGAGUCAUCACCGUACUGGUGUGGUUUGGAACCCUGCGCACCUGGUCAGGCAAAGUUGCGUCAGGGGUGAGGAUGGCCGGCACCAACAGACAAACCGUGGCCAGGCCU